CUGCGUCCAUGCGGUGUGUGCCUGCGAUUGGCGGUUUGUGCCUGCGUGGCCGUCCAUGCGGUGCACGCAAUAAUUUUUCAAUUUUUGGAGGUCCCUCGCCCUUUUCUCCGCUCCUCUCCCGGCGUUCUCCGUAAAGUCUAGGGUUUCGAUAACCGGGCGAGCCAGGGCUCCUUCUUCCUCCGAAACGUUCUUCUUCCUAACGGGUAAUGGCGGCGGAAUCAUCUCGAUCGUUCGGGAAGAAGCGCGUCCGGGACGAGGAGAGCAUUCUGGAUAAGGGAGAUGCCGAUAGAACCCUAGGGCUAGAGAAUAAUCUGACAUUUAGUGAUACGUUGAUAGCUCUACAAAUGAUGCGUGCACAGUUUCCAAAUAUCGAGAAGGUUGCCAUGCAGCCUUUCAUCUUACGUUCACAGUUGUAUAGUAGUGUAAAGGACAGGACACAAGUGGAUAGAGACCUGGAGUCGUUGAAGAAGGAGAAAGUCUUGCGCUUAUUCAAACUAAAUACUGGCCAAGAUGACCAUGCGAUAAUGUUUUUAGAUGAUUACCUCAAACAGGUGGCAAUUGCUGUGAAGAGGUUAGAGAUAAAAAAUCAACAAGAUUUGGAAGUUUUUGAGUGGUUCAAGAAAUAUGUUAUUGAGACAAAAUUGGAUGUUAGCAUAGACCACCAGGAGUUGUGCGCACUCUUAUCUUGUGGAGCUGAAGUGAAAGACAAACAUGUUACGUUUUUAAUUAGUGCUGGUCUCCUUAAUCGCCAGUUGAUUGAUCCGAAUAUGUACUGGUUCACAAUUCCAAAUAUUGGGUCAAUAUUGAAGGGUCUCUCACAAGGAAGAAAGGAGCUCCUCUCAUUCUUAAAUCGUAGAAAAUUCAAAGAGAUGCUGCUUGCUCCUUUGGAGAAGAAACAGUUGCGCUUUUCACCUCUUGAUAUGCGGUUCCAUCUUCGAGAUCUUAUUGGGUCUGGUCACCUGAAAACAGUUCGAACCCCAACUGGGUUACUUGUCCGAGUCUCAAAAGAUUAAGACACAGGUGCUUUCAGUUUCACUUUAUUUAGGCUAUGAUUAUGAGCUCUACGCUAUUUGUCUGAAAUAAAGUGGUUCCUGUAUGUUUGAGAUCCAAGUAUACCUGCAUUUGAGAUAUGUAUGGUCUAAGUUGGAUAAUUUGUUAUUCUUCUGGGGAAAAAGAAUCAUGUGUUAACAAGGCACCAUAUCACUGACCACCGGAGAGCGGAGCCUUCAUUCAUUUUUCUCCUGUUUCAAGUCUGUCAGGUAUCUAGAUAAUUGACAGAGCAAGGAUUCUCAAAUUGUUUCAUUCAUUGAUCUUAGUUAUUGCUUUGGCUGGUUAGCUGAGGGAACUACCUUUGUUAGAUUUGCUGCUUAAUAGUUUCUCUUAUUUUCCAUUUGCCUAUAGUGCUCUGUAUUUAAGCAUUAGAAUAAUUGUUACUGUUAAUAUAUAUUUUAGCUGGAUUCAUGACUGGUUCUAGGUGAUGUGUCUUUUAGCAUAAUCAUUUGUCUAUGAUUGGUCAUAUAUCCGGUUACUUU